AUGCGUCCCUUUACUCUCAACGCUUGCAAUACUACUCUCCGAACACUCAGAAAACCAGUUGUUUCCAGAAUACAAACAGCAAGAAUGUCGACAUCCCAGGAUCUGAAUCUCGACACGAAACACGUCACGACGGCGCCGGGGAUUAAGUUGUCGGAGCAGCAAGAGACCAUUGUCGGGUCGGUGCUGGAUUUGUUCGCGGGCAAGCCGUCGUUGCAGAAACUUGCGCUUUGGCGGGAUGAUGCUACAUUCAAUGAUCCUCUUACGAGUGCCAAGGGGCGCGAGCAGUACUCUGCACAGUGGUAUGGGCUGCAACAAGCCCUUCUCAGAAAUUGACCGCUUGAACCACCAGGUUCAAGGGAUUCUGGAAACCCGAUUUUGAUGGGACUUUGAGGACAAAGUAUGUUAUCAAGGGUUAUCGGCAAGGAGCAGACGAUUCAGAGCUUGGUUUCGAUCCAUUUGGAUGAUCAGGGCAAGAUUAGUAAGGUCGAGGACAAGUGGAAUGGAGAACUGCCGACUGGCACGAUUGCACAAGCUUUCCGACACCUGAACGCCGUGACUGUACCGAAAAUAGUCAGUGUGCCCAAGAGUGACAAGGAGGAUGCCGAGAAAGGUAACCAGUAGAAAAAUCGAUUGGGUUCUCUUGAGCAUCAUGUGCUACAUAUACUCAUGAAUUCGUAAGCGCAUUAAAUAU